UUUAAUGGUAAUCACGAGACGGAAGAUAAUGAAGAGGAAUCGUAUAUAGAGAUGACUAUCAAUGAGAUAAUGAAUGGUUACGGAAAUGAAUUCCCGGGUUUAAUACCACUAAUCAGGGAAUAUGUGGGCAACAUAUCACUGGACGCUCAGACCUAUUGUAAAGUCCAACAAUAUAUCCAAUUGAUUGCCGAUAAAUCGUCGGCAAAACUCCAGACAACCGCCCAAUGGAUGAGAGAUUUUGUGCGAAAACAUGCGGACUAUAAAUACGAUUCUGUGUGCAUCAGAGGUGCCCGCAUACAGAUAGAGGACCUUGCUACUGUGAAUGGGGCCGGUAUUGACAACAUAUACGGCUUAUAUGCCGACUGUUUGCGGGCCCGGGAAGGCAUCCGAUUUAAACGCAAUCGUUUCAAUAGACGAAUACCCUUAGCGUCGGACGCGAGGCCGGACAAGGAAAGAGAAGCUGAAAAGGCAAUUAUAGAGGCCUUCGAUUUCUUCCAUAAGGAAAGACUCCAUCAGUUAAGCGACACAUUCUUCCCGUCGGAGGGCUUCGCGACGGGCGGUAUGUAUCGGUUCGGGAGGUCUAAGUUUGGACAGCCAUUACUCGGGGUUGUGAUGAACCACAUCCGCCCAUUUGGGCUCCGGUUGGCCAAGGAUUCACUGAUGAAAUUAACGCAAAAGUACUGCUUAUAUAAUGUCUAUCGAUCACUGUUUGACGCGAAAGAGAGUAAUUUCAUCAUUUAUGUGGUCUUCACGAAUACAACCCUUGAAAACACUGAAUUUAGCUUAUUCCAGCGGACCAUGAUGGCAAUUAAUCGAUACAUAGCGGGCGCGGGCGCUAUCAAGAUAUACGUGGUUGGGAUGAACAAACUGAUGGACGUGUCACUCAAACUACUGGUCAAUCUACUGAAACCAACGCUUAAACAGCGCAUUCAUUUCAUUGAGCGAAUGGAUCAGAUGGAGGAUCUCAUCAGUUUGGAUGAGGUGCAAUUUAAAAAUACUGAACAAAAAUACGAGAAGUACUCCAAUGAACACCGUUUUCACGCAACGGGCGGUCGACGCGAGUGA